UAUUUGUCAGUACUUGUCAAAUAUUUUUGAAAUUAUUCUGCAAUAAUUGGAAUGAUAUUUGUUCGGAGAAUAAACAUUGUAAAAUAUUUAAGGUCUUGCAGUAAAAUAAAAAAUCCACACCAUAAAAGACUAAGAAGUAGAAUAGAUAUGGAUUUAAAAAGUCGCGAAGACCCCGUCGUGUUCAAAUUGGACACAUCAGAGUUUCAAAAUAUCUUUAACCAAGAGGUAAUAGAAUUGAAAAAAAUUUUCGACAAAUACAAUUACGAAAUCAGAGUAGCCGGUGGAGCUGUAAGAGACUUACUACUUGGCCAGCAACCAAAGGACUUAGACUUUGCCACAACUGCAACUCCUCAGGAAAUGAAAGAAAUGUUCACAGCAGAAAAUGUGAGAAUGAUAAACAUGGCUGGAGAGAAACAUGGUACAGUAACACCAAGAAUAAAUGACAAAGAAAACUUUGAAGUAACUACUUUAAGAAUAGAUAUGGUCACAGAUGGUAGGCAUGCAAAGGUUGAAUUCACAAAAGAUUGGAAACUAGAUGCCAAUAGAAGAGAUCUAACUAUAAAUUCAAUGUUUCUAGGUUUUGAUGGAUUAGUUUAUGAUUAUUUUUAUGGCUAUGACGACUUGCAGAAACGAAGAAUUGCCUUUGUUGGAGAUGCAGAUGUGAGAAUUAAGGAAGAUUAUCUGAGAAUAAUGCGUUAUUUUCGCUUUUAUGGUAGAAUUGCUGAGAGUGUAAAUAAUCAUGACCAACAUACUUUAGAUGUUAUCAAACAGAAUGCAGAUGGUCUAGCAAAUGUGUCGGGAGAAAGAAUUUGGAUGGAGUUAAAGAAGACAUUGCAAGGCAAUUUUACUGGGGAUUUAUUAAAAAAAAUGUUAGAAGUCAAUAUUGGACAAUACAUAGGUUUACCCAACCCUAAUAUAGAAGAACUGGACAAGUUAUUAAAAAGGAGCAAGCAUUUGUACUUGCACCCUAUGAGUUACUUAGCUGCACUGCUUAACAAUAUUGAUGAUGCAACAUUGCUACAUGCUAGAUUAAAGUUCUCUAAUUAUGAUAGAGAUAUGACCUACUUCAUCAUUGAAAAUAGAGACAGAGAUGAUGGAAGUGCUCCUAGACCAUUAUUGCCCUAUGAGAAAAUAGUUUUGAAUACCAAGAUAAAGCAACAAGAUGCCUAUGACUAUGUCCUAGAAGUGCUUAAAUAUAGAGGUGAUGAAAAACUUCUAGAAGAUUUUAAAAAAUGGGUUAUACCAACAUUUCCAGUUAAUGGUAAAAUUUUGAAGGAGAAUGGAUAUAUGCCUGGCAAAGUGUAUAGUCAUAUUAUAUACAAAUUAAAGGAUACAUGGAUAGAUAGUGAAUACCAGCUUGGUGUUGAUGAUUUAGUUAAAUUAAUACCGAGUAUUGUUGAUAAAUAUAAAAGCAAAUAAAUGCAUGUACAAAAA